UGAACACGAAGACAAGGCCUUUCUGUCUGUGUCCAACCAUGUACGACAGCAAUUUGUGAACUUUUAUAUUCUAAAUUUCCUCCAUGCAGUGUAUUGAACGGCUGUGAUAAAAUAAUGAUAAAUAACUAACAAAUACUCCGUAUUCGACAACAGCACAUCACUUCCUUAAUUCCUCAAUCACAGGACCUGAAUUUGAAGUUCGGAUUCCAAAUAAUGAAUUUAGCCCUCUAAAAUGAGAAGGAAUACAAAAUUUAACAAACAAAUACAAAUAUACAAAUAUAUUAUACUCCCUCCGACCUCCGUCCCUCAAUACUUUGUCAUGGUUGACCGACACGAGAACUAAUAAAGUAAAAAUUGUGUGGUUGAGAUAUGUGCAGAGGAGAGAAAAAUAACAACCACAAAUUCAUUGAUUAAAGGGAAAAGGUGCAAAUAGGCCCAUGUACUAACAAAAAAAGGUCAAAUAAGACCUUAUUUAGGAGGCUCUGUCCGGCCUUCGCCAUUUGGAGUGGUUCCCGGUGGAAUUUUUUGAUGAAAUUUUUUGAGCAUCUUAUUCAUUAAGUCUAGUUUACUCAUACCAAAUUUCAGCUAAAACUUCAAUCCGGAAGGCAUUCAAAUGAAUUCUUGAAAAUAACUGCGUAGUUAGAAGCGCAGUUAUCUUCAAGAAUUCAUUUGAAUGCCUUCCCGAUUGAAGUUUUAGCUGAAAUUUGGUAUGAGCAAACUAGACUUGAUGAAUACGGUGCUCAAAAAAUUUCAUCAAAAAAUUCCACCGGGAACCACCCCAAAUGACGACGGCCGGACAGAACUUCCUAAAUAAGGGCUUAUUUGACCUUUUUUGGUUAGUACAUUGGCCUAUUUGCACAUUUUCCCUUGAUUAAAAGGCCCAUCUAGUGACCAUCUGAUUAUUAUGGUGACAAUGGAGAAAGAGAUGAGGGCUAGGCAUAGAGCUAAUAUCAAAUUUGGAAAUAUCUGGCUGAAAGAAGCUAAGAGAGAAUGUAGAGAUCUUAUUAUUCGAUCCCGGUGGAGUUCUGAGAACUUAUCCAUUUGGCAGAGAUUGGAGAUGUGUGGACAUGAUUUAAGUGUGUGGAGAAAAUAUAGAUCCUUGGGCUUUCAUAGCAGCAUUGAGGUUUGCAAUGCUAGAUUAAAUCAACUCUGGAGUGAGGGAAACAAUUCUGACAUAGGCAAGUGCAUGCGGACGAAGGCCACUUUACUUGAUCUAUUACAUAGACAAAAUAAAUUUUGCCAGCAAAGAGAAAAAGAGUUCUAGCUCAAAGAAGGGGACAAGAAUUCUAGGUUAUCCCAAAAUGCAGUGAAAUAGCGUCGAAGGAAAAAUUAUAUAAAAAACCUGAAACGGGGUAAUAGGGAAUGAAAGGUGAACAUAGAGAGAAUGAGCACUAUAAUUGAAUUCCAUUUUACGGAGAUCUUCUCAUCGAAUGAUGUAUGCAUCGAUCAUCUUGAAUUGUUUGGAGUCGAUCAUCGAAUGAGCACUACUGGGAUAUUUUGGGUGGUGAUAUUGUGGCUUUCGAUGGGGAUUUUCCCUAGGGAGAGGGCCUCAAUUCGCCAUUUGUAACCGGGGCCUCCAAAUUCAUUAGACGGCCCUGGUUGGGCCUAUAAUGCUAUCUGAAGAAUGCCA